CUCAUACUCCGAUUUUAGAAUACCACUUCUGAUGUCUAUCGAAAAUCUGAUUUCAGCCAUUUCCAAUUUCCCAACCUCGCUCUUCCCUAUCUAUAGUUAUCCUGUUCCAAAAACAUCGAGUACUUCAAAAUCCGGUUAAUCUUUCUUUGAACCGCGGACCCUUUAACUUAGUUACUCCUAUUAAUUUAAAGAAAAUAUUUUUACAGAUAAAUUUAAAAAAAUUAUUUUUCAGAUUGGCCUCAAACGAAACGGGUUGUAUUCGUCUACAUACCGAUAUUCGAAUGCUUUUUUCUAAUAAAUCAACAGAACUUGAAGGUCUUGAUCGCCGUCUUUUAUUAGCUGUGGCUGACAAUAACAACAACAAUAAUUCUAAUAGAAACCGUUUGUCUUUACCUCCAGGUAUUUUAGAGGGAACGAUAAAUGGUGAGGGAAGUAAUAGAAUGCAUACAAUUGCUGAAAUGCCUGUUGGACCUAAAUAUUCGCCUGUUAAAUAA